CCUCCUGUCUCUUCCCACCCACCCCAACAACCUCUCCCUUUCAACUUGCGAGAAUCUUUGGCAAGCUUUUCUGCUUCCACUAAAGAACUUUUCUCUCUCUCUCUCUCUCUCUCUCUCACUAGUGUGUGGGAGUGGGUGAGUCAGGAUCAGAGCAGAAAGGGGAAAACACAUUUCCCUAUUUUUUUUCUCUCUUUCUCCUUUUUUCUCUUUUGGAGAGAAGUCAGCACUCUGGUCCUGGAGAGAAAGAGUCGAAAGAGGGGCAGACCCUGUUGGGUGGUCAACUUGGGGAAAGAGAUCUCUUGCCUUUCAUCCUCACUUCCAGAAAGAAAGAAAGGAGUGAAAGAACAAACAGAGGAGGAGGAAAAAAAUAAAUAAAAGAUCAGGUGCAAGACUUUUUGAGGCAAGCCGGGUGGAAAAAACAACACUCUGCCUUGGGAACCAACACUUAAGUGGGAAAUUUGAACUUUUUCACUUGGCUCUCCAACUUGUUGCUGAGCAAUCCGAGAUACGGACAAACCUCAAGAGCCAGGGAAUUAUUCUGAAUUUCCACCAGGAUUUUUUGGCAAGUCAAGGGAGAGAAAGAAGUUGUCUUUUUUUGCUUUGUUGGAUCCAUCCUUCCAUCCAUCUCUUGGGUGCUGACUUCAUUCUGGGUUUCGUCACUUGUUUUUGUGGAGACAGGGCUCCGGCGACAACAAUUCCUUCGGCCUUCUCUCCAGGAGACUUGGGAGAAACAGUCUCCUGAUUAUUAUUAUUAUUUCUAGGGAUCCUUACAUCUCUGCCAAUGAGACUUUAGUUUGUUUGGAGCCGAAGUUUGCCUGGAGUCUUGGGAAAUGGGUCAACUUGGCCGCUCUCUUCUCUCCUGUUUGCUGGUUUGGUGGAUGGGCAUCUCCAGUGCCCAAGAAGCUGUCUACUUCCUAGAGAGCCCCUCAAACCUGACGUCCUCCUUGGGCAAGGAUGUGAAGUUCUCCUGUUCGGUCCAUGCUCUCGGAGAGCCACCGGAGCUGAGCUGGUUGAGGGAUGGCACGGCACUGGAGUUUGCAGACAGCAACCAGGUGCAGGUGCCUUUGGAUGACGAAGAAUGGAUGGCCACCAGCGAGUUGAGCAUCCCAUCAGUACAACUUUCCGACAUGGGAAACUACCAGUGUGUGACCUGGGUCAACGGAUCUGAAAUCUACUCAGAUGAAGCUUACCUGCUAUUAGAAGGUCUCCCCAUUUUCACGGAUGAGCCCCAAGACCUUGAGGUCACCGCCGAUACUCCCUUCAACCUCAGCUGCCAGGCGCAAGGGCCUCCCGAUCCGGUAAUGGUGAUCUGGCUUCAAGACAGCAUCCCGAUCAACUCCUUGGCCGACCCGUUGGCCCAGACCCCUUCCAUAUUAGUGUUGAAAGGUCUCAAUCACAGUGCCUCCUUCUCAUGCGAAGCCAACAAUGCAAAAGGCGUGAGCUCGUCGCGAACAGCAGUGGUGAAAGUGGUACCUGGACGGCCGCGCAACCUAUCCGUUGUGUAUCGCAGCGACCGCAGCUUGGAAGUGUCAUGGGAACCUGGGUCCAGCGGAGCAUAUGCUUUGGAGCUCUGCACCAUCCAGGCUGUGCGCUCCAGUGAGGACCUCAGCACCGUGUCGGACAGGCAGCUCUAUAACCAGAACCUCCGUGUGCCCCCCUUCCGGCACACUCUGAAAGACCUGAUCCCUUUCACCACGUACAAGGUCCGCGUCUCCUGUCGCUCCAGGGAAGGCAACUCCCCAUGGACCCACUGGGUGGCUAUGGAGACCCUGGAAGGAGUACCCACAGCUGCACCAUCAAAUAUUAUGGCUACACAAAAUGGCACCUGCACCGUCAUCCAGUGGGAAGAACCACGGGGCGACAUCAAUGGGAUCUUGCGGGGAUACAAGCUGGUUUGUCAGAGUGACGACUCACCCGAGGUGGUUGUGGAUGUGGGUCUGACCAAUGAAACCGUUCUGACGCUCAACUCAACGGGGCAGAACCUGACGGUGCGGGUUGCAGCCUACACACAAGCAGGCGAUGGGCCGUGGAGCAGGGCCAUCAUGAUUUCUUCCCCCGGUUUUGGUGAAAAUCUUCCGGAACCUUUGUCAGUAGGGAUCUCCACGCCUGCCUUCUCCUGGCACUGGUGGUAUGUGGUGAUUGCCAUAGCUGCAACCAUUGCCGCGGCCACUUUCAUCACCUUCUUCUUGGCACGGAUGAGGAGGAAGGAAACCCGCUAUGGGGAAGCCUUUGAACCCAGUAUGGAGCAAGGGGAGCUGGUGGUUCACUAUCGAGUCCGCAAAUCCUAUAGCCGCCGCACCACUGAAGCCACACUGAAUGGUCUGGGCAUCAGCGAGGAGCUGAAGGAGAAGUUGCGAGAUGUGAUGAUUGACCGCCACAAAGUGGCCCUUGGGAAGACGCUUGGGGAAGGAGAAUUUGGCUCUGUCAUGGAGGGGCAACUCAGCCAAGAUGGGGCUGUGCUUAAGGUUGCUGUGAAGACCAUGAAAAUUGCCAUUUGCACCCGCAGCGAGAUGGAGGACUUCCUCAGCGAAGCUGUUUGCAUGAAGGACUUCGACCAUCCGAAUGUUAUGAAGCUGAUUGGUGUCUGCUUACAGAACACGGAGAGUGAAGGCUAUCCCUCUCCAGUUGUUAUCUUGCCCUUCAUGAAGCACGGCGACCUCCACAGCUUCCUCCUAUAUUCCCGUCUUGGAGACAGUCCAGUGUACCUACCAACACAAACGCUGGUCAAGUUCAUGACAGACAUUGCUAGCGGGAUGGAGUAUCUCAGUAGCAAGAACUUCAUCCAUCGCGACCUCGCGGCCCGUAAUUGCAUGCUGAACGAGAGCAUGACCGCCUGCGUGGCCGAUUUCGGCCUCUCUAAGAAGAUCUACAAUGGGGAUUAUUACCGGCAAGGCCGCAUCUCCAAGAUGCCCGUCAAGUGGAUCGCCAUUGAGAGUUUGGCAGAUCGCGUCUAUACCAUCAAGAGCGAUGUGUGGUCAUUUGGUGUUACUAUGUGGGAGAUUGCCACUCGAGGCCAAACGCCGUACCCAGGUGUGGAAAACAGUGAGAUUUAUGACUACCUGCGCCAAGGCAACCGACUGAAGCAGCCCAUCGACUGCCUAGAUGGCUUGUAUGAGCUUAUGAUGAGCUGCUGGGCCCUCAAUCCACGGGACCGUCCCAGCUUCGAGGUCCUCCACAAUGAGCUGGAGAAGAUCCUCAAGUCCCUUCCACCUGCCAAGGACCCCGAGGAGAUCCUCUACGUCAACAUGGACGACGGAGUGGCCCCCGAGGAGGCCGAGCUGGGAGCCGUGGGCGGCUUGGGCUCCGACGAGGCGCCGGCAAAGGACAGCCAGUCGCUGAAGCCCACGGUGACAGCAGUUGAGGUUCACCCACCCCAAGGAAUGGGGCGCUAUGUGGUGUGCCCCACUCCUCACGAAAACAGCCGACUCCUGACAGAGUCCUCAAGCUGUGCCGCCACGGAGGAAGGAGCCUGAGACAGAGAUGGGUGGAGGGAGGUUUGGAUUCAGUUGUGGGGCGGAAGGAGGGUACGAAUAACAAUAGCUAUCUGUGAGGUUUGGAAAGUCUCCUUGCCGAGGGGGAUUCACCGAGUAGCCCACAACUGAGCCACACACUCCAUAUCCACAAACGAACCACUGCUUCAGUUCUGCCAACCUUUCUUUUCCUCCUUCCAGGCUUAUCCCUCCUGAUUUAAGGGAGGGACUUGGAAAGAUCAGACCCCUGAAUGUGUCCCGCAGCUAGACCCACCGACCCACCAAUCGCUUUAUUGGCAUUCCUGUCACUUAUAGCCACUGAUCUAAAGGAAAAAACACAACUCUCGACUCCACAGUAUAGAGGGUUGCAGAUGUAGGGAAAGUCAUUAUCUUUCAUAAAGGGAAAUGGUAAAAUUGGCAAGACCAAACGGAGCAAUCCAAGAAUACGGAGAUCCCCCCACUUCACCCUUUUCCUGUUAAAGGAAAAUCAGAAGUUUCACAGAAUCCUAGAACCAUAAAGUUGAAAGGGACCCUAAGGGCCAUACAGCCCUACCCCGUUCUGCCAGACAGAAAGACCAAUCAAAGCCCUCACAACAGAUGGCCACACAGCUUAUGCUUUCAAACCUCAAGAGGAGGAAAUCCCUCACGUCUCUCCACUCCUUUAAAUAGGAAGGGAUAGCCAAUACUCCAGAAGAAAGGAGCAGAAUUCAAAAUGAUCUUAAAAGAUUAGAGAGAUGGGCCAAAACUAACAAAAUGAAGUUCAACAGGGAGAAAUGCAAGAGACUCCACUUAGGCAGAAAAAAUGAAAUACAAAGAUACAGAAUGUGGGACGAUGCCUGGCUCGAGAGCAGUACGUGUGAAAGGGAUCUUGGAGUCCUCACAGACAACAAGUUAAACAUGAGCCAACAAUGUGAUGUGGCGGCAAAAAAAGCCAAUGGGAUUUUGGCCUGCAUCAAUAGGAGUCUAGUGUCUAGAUACAGGGAAGUCAUGCUCACCUCUAUUCUGCCUUGAUUAGACCACACCUGGAAUAUUGUGUCCAAUUCUUGGCACUGCAAUUGAAGAGAGAUAUUGACAAGCUGGAAUGUGUCCAGAGGAGGGCAACUAAAUGAUCAAGGGUCUGGAGAACAAGCCCUAUGAGGAGCGGCUUAAGGAGCUGGGCA